CCAAGCAAGCAAACCCAAACCCAACAAACUAAACCCAAGCCCAAACCCAAACCCAAACCCAAACCCAAACCCAAACCCAAACCCAAACCCAAACCCAAACCCAAACCCAAACCCAAACCCAAACCCAAACCCAAACCCAAACCCAAACCCAAACCCAAACCCAAACCCAAACCCAAACCCAAACCCAAACCCAAACCCAAACCCAAACCCAAACCCAAACCCAAACCCAAACCCAAACCCAAACCCAAACCCAAACCCAAACCCAAACCCAAACCCAAACCCAAACCCAAACCCAAACCCAAACCCAAACCCAAACCCAAACCCAAACCCAAACCCAAACCCAAACCCAAACCCAAACCCAAACCCAAACCCAAACCCAAACCCAAACCCAAACCCAAACCCAAACCCAAACCCAAACCCAAACCCAAACCCAAACCCAAACCCAAACCCAAACCCAAACCCAAACCCAAACCCAAACCCAAACCCAAACCCAAACCCAAACCCAAACCCAAACCCAAACCCAAACCCAAACCCAAACCCAAACCCAAACCCAAACCCAAACCCAAACCCAAACCCAAACCCAAACCCAAACCCAAACCCAAACCCAAACCCAAACCCAAACCCAAACCCAAACCCAAACCCAAACCCAAACCCAAACCCAAACCCAAACCCAAACCCAAACCCAAACCCAAACCCAAACCCAAACCCAAACCCAAACCCAAACCCAAACCCAAACCCAAACCCAAACCCAAACCCAAACCCAAACCCAAACCCAAACCCAAACCCAAACCCAAACCCAAACCCAAACCCAAACCCAAACCCAAACCCAAACCCAAACCCAAACCCAAACCCAAACCCAAACCCAAACCCAAACCCAAACCCAAACCCAAACCCAAACCCAAACCCAAACCCAAACCCAAACCCAAACCCAAACCCAAACCCAAACCCAAACCCAAACCCAAACCCAAACCCAAACCCAAACCCAAACCCAAACCCAAACCCAAACCCAAACCCAAACCCAAACCCAAACCCAAACCCAAACCCAAACCCAAACCCAAACCCAAACCCAAACCCAAACCCAAACCCAAACCCAAACCCAAACCCAAACCCAAACCCAAACCCAAACCCAAACCCAAACCCAAACCCAAACCCAAACCCAAACCCAAACCCAAACCCAAACCCAAACCCAAACCCAACCAAAAUCACACACUUUUGGUGUCAAAUUAUUAUCCAGUAAAAUAUUUCCAGGUUUUAAAUCACGAUGAACAAUCAUGUUAG